AUGAUGGAUGGGGAGAAAAUUCAAAGGGCUCUUCUUUCGACCGGUGAAGUGUCUCAUCGAGUUUACUCGGUUCAAACUCGAGAAUCGGAUAAGAGUGUGAGUACCUCGCCCGAAUUGAAACCGAUUUCAAAUCCGUCCGAGGACGGACCGUCCCGAAGUGAUACACGCGCCUGUUUAGAUCCAGUUCCCCGAUCCCGGAGUGUAGUAGCCAUGAAGGAGGCUUCAAGAAAAGCUACACGUAAACAACAGGCGCGUCAGGGCACGGCUGAACCAACCACACAUCCGGCACUCAUCUCUUCCCUGUUUCCCAAUGUUCCUCCGGUUCUUCGUUUUGUGGACGAAGGCUACAAAUGUGAGUAA